AUGAUUUCUGCGGCCAAAUCCGGGAGGCGAGAUAGUAAUCAAUCAGGUGAUGGCGUGGUGAAGAAACCCGAGGAAUCAGCUCAAGAAAAGCUAGAGAAGUGUGCACAAUGGUCGAAAAAGAUGGGCAUGGCAAUGCCCUCGGUGCCGGGUAAAGUUGUGCUGGACCAGUCCACGAUUGAGAGGCUUAGACACAAAGGUGUAGUAAAGACUGCAGAUGAAAAGCUCGCGGCCACUGCGCUCUACGCGGCCAACGAGGAACGGUUAAAAAACGAGAGUGAGGCAAGAAAGUUAGAACUGAAACAACAGAACAUGUACAGGACGAAAGGGCCGAAACUAGCUCAGGUUAGCUUAUAGACAGCAAAAUUUACUUGAAAUACACUUAUACAAAUGCUAAAAUUCACAGCCCUAGUGAUGACUAAAUUUUUCUGAGUAAUUUUGAGAAAUCUUGUUUUAAUUAAAAACUUUGUAGAAACUUUCUUGUGCAAUUUUUGAGAUAGUUAAAUUUACGAAACGAAAUGAGUUUUGUUGAUUUUGAUUGAAAUUCUACUAUUACGACGGAGCUCUAUAAGAGCUAAGGGUAAAAAUUUAAAGAUAGUGUUUAAAUAAAUAUUUAAUGUCACAAUGAUUGAAAAAAAAUUAGCAACCGAAGCAAUUGAAUUCACUUAAAUCCACCUGAAAAUGAAUCACUCUAUAUACUUACAUCACGUACCUAUAUGUUUUAAACGAAGAUAUUUGAAAAUUUAAAAACUAUAAUAAACUUGUUUGGUUUUGAUAGUUGUUGUUUAAGUCCGUUACAUUGUAUAACAUUUAAAAAUAUGGGUUUGUAUUUUUUUUUAUUAGUUGGACGGCGAUGCACACAAGACCAGUCAUCUAUUGGCUAAAGCGUUUGAGAUGAGGCAAAAUCGAGAACCUGAGAUACAAUACUGUAAUUCGUUGAUAUUGAGUACCAAAUGCCACGCUAUCAGAUGUGCACAGCUUGAAGAAAAGGAACGCAAUCAGUGAGUUUUUUAUUUUUAUUUUAUUUUACAAUUUAAUUGCCUUUAUUUCUCUAAUUUACGAUUUUCGUCAAAAUUUGAAGUUAACACGCUUAGAAAAAGAAAAGAAAAAAAAAACGACUGACCAUCUAGCAUAAUUUAUUAAGUACCUCUCGCUACCAUAUUCAUUUUUCAAGCAUAUCUGUUCGACCAAACAAUUUUAUCAAUAUAAAACCAAAUAAAAACUAACUAGAAAAUGUAAAAUACCUAUAAAUAGCUCUAAAUUCGAAAAACUGUUUUAAAAUUUUUUUGACGUCUAGAGAGGAGUAUGUUAUAACCAAAUUUUAAGUCUCUACAGUUAUUUUUAAUCGAAGUAUAACAAAAAAACAAAAUUAAAAAUAAUAAAAAAAAACAUUUAAUGCCGUAAACUUUUUUCAUUUUUCAUAAACUUUUUUUCCAUUUAUUAGGAAAACUACUUGGAAAACUAAAAAAAUACAUCCUCAAUGCAAUAACUAGGUAUACGAGGUGUGGCUAUUAAAUAACGAGACUGAUCGCCUAGAGGGCGCCCUAGAUGGGUAGUAAAAAGAACGAGUAAUGCGUUGCGUAUCUAGAUAUCUUAUCUAUGCACGUACAAAAACACGUUUUCGUCACUAUUAUAAUAAUUGUGCAGUAGUGGUUUGAAACGAACGUGUUUUUUUCUCGUGCCGACAACCAUGUGUGACGAAAAACAGGAGCAACUUAUCAAUCUCAAAUUUCUCGUUAAAUUGAAAAAAAACUCCAACCGAGUGCUAUAAAUUUUCGCAAGAGGCCUAUGGAGGCAAUUUUCUAUCUCGUAUACGUGUUUUUGAGUGAUUCAGCGAGGGCCGAGAGAGCACUGAAGAUGAUCAGCGCCCAGGGCGCCCUGUCACUGUUUCAACUCCGGAAACAGUGACCAAAAUCAACCAAAUUGUGCUUGCAGAUCGUCGAAUGAGCAUUCGGAUGAUUGCCGAGGCUAUAAACGCCGAUAAAGAAACGGUUAGAAAAAUUUUACAUAAGGAAUUACAUAUGACAAAAGUCAGUGCGAAGUUGGUGCUAAAAAACCUGACUCCUGACCAAAAGUUCUUGCGUCAACAGGUCUGCUCAGAUUUCCUUGAAAAGUUAAAAGAAGAUCCCGGACUGAUGAAAAACAUUAUAACUUGCCACAAAACAUGGAUUUUUCAAUACGAUUUUGAAACAAAGCGACAAUCGAUGCAUUGGAAGACACCUGAAUCGCCCAGAAUCAAAAAAGCAAGGAUGUCCAAAUAA